AUGGGUCCUGUGAGGGGGGUCAGAAAGAGAAAGAAGGCAGAUAAGAAGCCUGAAGAAAAUGCUUCUGGUUCUGGGUCAUCAGAGAAGGAAGGUCCUGUGGAUUGGUGGGAUGAAUUCUCCAAGAGAAUCAAUGGUCUUCAGUCUCCAGCAAAGGGUUUAGACAAGUUUGAAUCUGUUUUUAAGGUUUCUAGGAAAACCUUUGACUACAUAUGUUCACUUGUGAAUGAAGAUAUGCUGGCUAAAUCUGCACAUUUUGUGUUUACAAAUGGUAAGCCCUUGUGUUUGUACGAUCAAGUAGCUGUAGCUUUAAGAAGACUGAGCUCUGGUGAGUCACUAGUGACAAUUGGCGAUGCAUUUGGGGUGAACCACUCAACUGUGUCUCAAGUGACCUGGCGUUUUGUGGAAGCCAUGGAAGAAAGAGGACUUCACCACCUGCAAUGGCCCUCCACUGAAACAGAAAUGUCAGAAAUCAAAUCCAAAUUUCAGAAAAUACGAGGCUUUCCUAAUUGUUCUGGUGUUGUUGAUACUACCCACAUCAUGAUGUGUUUGCCUGCUUCGGACCCCACAAGUGAUGCGUGGCUCGAUCAAGAGAAGAAUCACAGCAUGGUCUUACAAGCCAUUGUGGACCCUGACAUGAGGUUUCGGGACAUAGUAACUGGAUGGCCAGGAAAGAUGAAGGACUGGACAGUCUUUCAGAGUUCAAAUUUUUAUGAACUCUGUGAUAGAGGUGAGAGGUUGAAUGGGAAAAUAUUAGACCUCUCCAAAGGAUUGGAUAUACGUGAGUACAUAAUUGGGGAUUUGGGCUUUCCUUUACUGCCCUAUCUUGUAACCCCCUAUGAAGGAAAAGAACUUCCAGAGCCAAAAGCUGAGUUCAAUAAGAGGCAUUAUGCUACCCGGAUGGUUGCACAUAGAGCAUUGGCAAUGUUGAAGGACAAGUGGAGGAUCAUUCAAGGAGUGAUGUGGAGACCAGACAAACAUAGAUUGCCAAGGAUCAUUCUUGUUUGCUGCUUGCUUCAUAACAUUGUUAUCGAUAUGGAAGAUGAGGUGCAAGAUGAAAUGCCUUUGUCUCACAAGCAUGACUCAGCUUACCACCAACAGAUUUGUGGAACUGUCGACGUAAAUGGUGUUCAUCUGAGAGAUAAGCUGUCUCUCUACUUAUCUGGAAGGAUGCCAAUGCCACCUUGA